AUGAUGUGGGAGGUCCUGGGAUGUUUUUACCACAGCACAGUGCUCCUCUCUCACCCCUGCUUAAAGGCUGAAAUUAAUUUUGUCAGGUGAAAGCAAGAACAGAGGAAAAGAUUUCUGACCCUGCUGUCAGCUUCUGGUCCUGUGGAGCUCAUUCAAAGAAGAGAGAAAAUGUUCCUGCCCCAGAGAUCUCUGCAGACAGUUACAUUUUUGGCAAUUCUUUUUUUUGCCUGUUUUGCAAUGUGCCAAGACCUUGGAAACAGGAGGGCAGUGACCGAGCACCAGCUCAUGCACGACAAAGGGAGGACGGUGCAAGGGCUGAAGCGCCUGAUGUGGCUGCAGCACGCCCUGGGUGCCGUGCACACCGCCAGCAGCAGGGAGAUGCCACUCCCAAAUGCCAGCUGGGAUGUGCAGGACAGCCAAGAUCCCUCAGAUUCCAACAGCAGCGACGGAGACGAGGCUUCCAGCCUGAUGAAGCAGCUGCUGGAACCGAUGGAAGGUCAGGGCUUCCUCCUGCUAAAGCAGCUGGAUGGGAAGAUCCCAAAGGGUAACUGGAACCCACAGCACCUUUUCGACCUCCUUUGA